GGCCAGGGUGCUCCGGGCUCCUCGGCCAGAGCCAACUUGAUAGUGACUCGGGCCCACGCCCUAAGGGGUUAAACCUUUUCUCAUGUUACCGAGCGGUUUAUAAGAAGGCUCGGGAGGCCCAGCCUCCGCCUUAUUGGGAGCCUUUUUGGGGUUUAUUCUCUUCCCUUCUAACUUGGGCGGGUAGGAGGAGGACGAAAGCACUUAACAUUUGAACAUUUUGAAGAGGUUAAUCCGAAAAAUAUUCUGACAGUUGGGAGUGCUCGGGGCCACCGGGAUGACGCGCUCUCGAGCAGUUGCGGGCAGCUCAGAGUUGAAUGUCUCUGACUCUAGACAGAUGGGUUCUGGGAAAUACCUUAAAGGGUGGCCUGGCCUUUGAUCGUCCCCAACCCGGGGUGAAAGGACCUAGGCUGUGAGGAGAGUCCGGCUACCGUCUCAGACCCUCUGUGGAUUUUCCACAUGAAGUUGCCUGCGCGUCACCAGAACGAAAUGUCAGAGAGAUCAAGAAUGACCCAACAGAAUUCGAAGCUUUCUUCCCAAGCCAAUGUGUAUACCCAAGUGCCUGAUGGAGGAUGGGGCUGGGCAGUAGCUGUCUCUUUUUUCUUCAUUGAAGUCUUUACCUAUGGUAUCAUCAAGUCAUUUGGUGUCUUCUUUAAUGACUUAAUGGACAGUUUUGAUGAAUCCAACAGCAGGAUCUCAUGGAUAAUAUCAAUAUGUGUCUUUGUGUUAACAUUUACAGCUCCCCUCUCCACAGUCCUGAGCAACCACUUUGGACAUCGGCUGGUGGUGAUGGCAGGAGGGUUGCUUAUCAGCACGGGAAUGGUUGCUGCCUCCUUCUCCCAGAGAGUCUACCACAUGUACAUCUCCAUCGGGGUCAUCUCGGGUUUGGGGUACUGCUUUAGUUUCCUCCCGACCGUCACCAUUCUGUCACAGUACUUUGACAAAAGGCGUUCAGUAGUCACUGCGGUCGCUUCUACGGGAGAGUGCUUUGCUGUGUUUGCUUUUGCACCAGCCAUCACAGCUCUGAAGGAACACAUUGGCUGGCGGUACAGCCUCCUCUUCGUGGGCCUACUGCAACUGAACAUCAUGGUCUGUGGCGCCUUGCUAAGACCAAUCAUUAUCAAAGGACCAGAGUCACCAAAAACAGUCACCCAGGAACCCCGGAGAGAAGUGCAAUAUAUGCUUGAAAAUGAGAAAACAAGAACCUCAAUAGACUCCAUCGACUCAGGAGUAGAAUUAACUACCUCACCAAAAAAUGUGCCUAAUCAAGCUAAUACGGAGCAGGAAGCCAGAGCCGAACAGCACCAGACCCUGGUGGUUGGUCCCCAGCACAGCCGGAAGAAAACCCCGCUGUUAGACUUUUCCAUUUUGAAAGACAAAAGCUUCAUCUGUUACGCAUUGUUUGGCCUCUUCGCCACACUGGGCUUCUUUGCACCUUCCCUGUACAUCAUUCCCUUGGGUAUUAGUCUAGGCAUUGACCGCGACCGAGCUGCAUUUUUACUAUCUACGAUGGCCAUUGCUGAAGUGUUCGGAAGGAUCGGGGCUGGGUUUGUCCUCAACAGAGAGCCCAUUCGGAAGAUCUACAUUGAACUCAUAUGUGUCAUUUUACUGACCGUUUCUCUCUUCGCCUUCACCUUUGCUACUGAAUUCUGGGGUCUCAUGUUGUGUAGUGUGUUUUUUGGCACUAUGGUUGGGACCAUAGGAGGGACCCACAUCCCUCUGUUGGCCGAGGAUGACGUCGUUGGAAUCGAUAGGAUGUCAUCUGCAGCUGGAGUCUAUGUCUUCAUUCAGAGCAUUUCAGGGCUGGCAGGACCACCCUUGGCAGGCCUACUGGUAGACCAGAGCAAGAUCUACAGCAGGGCCUUCUACUCCUGUGCAGCAGGCAUGGCCAUGGCUGCUGUGUGCCUCGCCCUGGUAAGACCCUGUAAAAAGGGCCUGUGCCAGCAUCCUCAUUCAGGUGAAAACCACACAGACAGCCCUCACAGGGAGGCGUUACAGGACAUACCAGAAGACUUUCUGGAAAUGGAUCUUGGGAAAUGUGAGCACAGGGUUCAUAUGAAAGUGGAUCCAGUGUGACACAUUUUCAUGUCAUAGCUUCUUUGUUGCCUGGGAAAAGAGUCCCUGGGGCAGGUGCCGACCACUGGACCCCACCUUCAAAACUGAAUAAAGGGAAUGCAUGUGAAUAGCAGCACCAACACCUCCCCUUCUCUUAAGCCCCUUUUGCUUGCUCUGUAAGCCCAAACCAAAACAACCGAACACUUUUCUGUACAGGAAUCCAGCCCUAUUCAGUAGCAACACACAGAUAGGUGUAAGGACGCUGGUUCACACCCUGACACAAACAAUGCCAUGAACUGGCAAGUUGACGUUAAAAGUACUCAUGUGUGUAAAUUACUGUUUUAUAAAGUGACAUCUAGCCCAAGUCAUGGAAAUGAACUGGCCAUUCCAAAAAAAAAAAAAAA